AUGAAUACAUUCACAGAUGCUUACGAUGAAAAAAUUCGUCCAUUGAUGGACAAAAUUGAUCAAGCUCGAUCCUUAUUGUCAUCGAAUGAUGAUGGUAUUACAUUGCCGAAUGUUGUUGUUGUCGGUGAUCAGUCCAGUGGAAAAUCAACACUGCUAGAAGCAUUAUCAUUAGUUGAACUUCCAAAAGGCUCCGGUAUCGUCACGAGAUGUCCAUUAGUAUUAAGAUUACGUAAAUCUAAUGUACGAAGACUAUAUCGUGUAAAUGAUACCAAUAAAACUCUACUCGACGAAAAAACUACCAACGUACUGAAAUACAUUGAAGAAGAAACAAGAAAGUUGGCUGGUAAUAAUAAAAAUGUCGUUAAAGAUUUGAUUGAGCUGCAAGUGGACGAUCCUAAUGUACGAGAUUUGACCGUAGUCGACUUGCCGGGCAUCGCGCGUAAUCCUAUCGCCGAUCAACCGAAAGAUAUUCAUAAACAAACAACAGAUUUAAUUCGCCAUUUCAUUCGCCAAGAGGGUAGCGUUAUUUUAUGCGUCUUUCCUGCUAAUGUUGACAUAGCAACAGUUGAGUCAUUUACAAUAGCACGUGAAUGUGAUCCGACAGGAGAACGAACGAUUGGUGUUAUAACAAAAUCUGAUCUUGCUGCAAAUCAUGAUAUCUUGAUACAACAGCUGCUAAUGGAUCGAGCAGAUGUACUUCAUUUGAAGUUAGGCUUCAUUGCUGUCCGUAAUCGCAGUACAGAGGAAAACAUUUCAUUAGAAGAUGCACGUAAGCGUGAAAAGGAAUUUUUUAGUCAACAUCCUGCGUCGAGUAUUGCUGGACAUUGUCUUGGCAUUCAUUCACUUAUUAAUCGUUUAGCUGAUUUAUAUUCUGAUCGCGUCAAAGAAACAUUUCCAAAAAUGCGAGCCGAAGUACAGAAGAAGUUAAAAGAUGUUCGCGAGCAAUUGUCGAAGUUUCCGCCAGAUUUAGGAUCCACCUCAGCUAGAUUAGCUAAAUAUUAUGAACUAGCUGAUUGGUAUGCAGAAAAUAUCAUUGGAAUGCGCUUCAAGAGUUCGGAUGAUGGUCAGCAGAAAAGCAUGAUUAACAAGUUGCAUCAUAAACUCAAGCAAGUUCAAGAAAUCAUGGAGAGAAAAGAUGCGGACCUUUUUUCACCAUCAUAUCGUUCAAAAGUUAAAGAAGCCAUGUCAGCAUGCUUUGGUGAGCAAUUACCAAAUUUUCUACCCCAUCCCGUAUUGAAACAGUUCAUAUGCAAAAAACUAGAUCAACUCUGGGUCGUGAUCGACGUACUCAUCAAAGAAAGUUUUCGUAUGACAUGCCAACUACUAUUAGAAAAUGAUAAAGAUGCAUGCAAAGAUGAUAUUUUAUUGUUGAAAUUAUUACCUACAUUUCGUCAAGUUACUUAUGCGUACUUGACGAAAAAGCAGCAAACAAUAUGUGAUCAAUUACAAGAACUACUCCGAAUAGAAAAGAUUGAACCUUAUACUCUGAAUGAUGUCUACAUGACUAAAAUUAAUAAAUUCAAAGAGCAUGUAGCAAAGUGUAAAUCUAGCAACACAGGUGAGGCAAAGCAUUCUCCAGGGACACAUAAAUAUGACGACGACGACGACGAUGAAUCAGUAUAUGAUGCUAUCUCGAACGAUGACCAAGCAGUGCAAGAUAUGAUAAUUAGCAUAUACUGGUAUUGGAAAGUUUUAUUCAAACGUUACAUGGACUAUGCCGCAUUGUCUGUACGUGCGGGAUGUGUUUUGGACACUUGUUCUGGUAUACGAGAAUGUCUAAGGCAAACUCCUGUUGAACAACCUACUUACGUCGAUGCAGUACUUGCCGAGGACACAUAUGUUCGAGCUCAACGAGAGCAACUACAACAAAAGCAAGUACGUUUGGAAAAAGUGGAUGCUAUACUUGGUGGCGGUCGGAUGCCCAUCGGUGACGAUGUUACGUUAGUUAGUGGCGCAACGUUGCUAGAAAAUUCACCAUUGAUGACAUUAGAUAAACUUGCAGAAAGUAUGACUCUCUCUCGCGAAAUCAACACUACUAGUCCAUCAACACCUGCAUCGACAUCGACUACAUCCAGUUAA